AUGACUUUGGGUUUGCAGGAAUUGAUGGCGCGCCCGAAAUGGCAUUUGCUUUGCUCACAGCUGAUUCCUGGUUGCGGAUUCAGAAAUCAACCAGUGUUAGGGAUGGGAACAGUUAAAUUAAUCUCCCACGUUGAUGGAAAAGCCUAUCCCAUCACUCUCAAUAAUGUGCUUCACGUUCCGAAUGCACCCCAUAAUCUUAUCUUGCUCGGGCGAGUUACUGGUGAAGUCUUGAAAUAA